AUGCCAUCUACUGACGAUGCGGGAUUUGGAGGUAAUACCGACGCCCACCCCUCCUAUAGUAUUAUUCUUGCGCGCACAGAUCACGGGCUGGGCGGUACCCUGGCAUACUCACACUCACACACAUACCUACCACUGUGUAUUUACAGCCUUUCAGGCCAGCAACGACGAAGGGGAGCGGCCGCGCCGCUAACAUCAUCUCCUUUCUCUGUGAAACGCGACUUAGGAUCACAACUGAUGACCGAUGGAUGA